CCCUUCGCGUCCAUCAUCGACGACGACAUCGUCCAGGGCGCCAUGCCCUUCGCCCUGGACGUGCCCGAGCUCGUGGGGGCGCCGUACAACGUCUGCGCCGUCGUCAACAUGUGCAAGGAGUGGCCCGGGCCGACGGCGGCCUACGCGGCGCACGGCGUCGCGCAGUGCCGGCUGCCCUUCCAGGACACGACGGCGCCGAGCGAGGACGCGCUGCGCGAGGGCGCCGCCUUCAUCCGGGCCCAGCUCGACGCGAACCCGGGCAAGCGCGUCUACGUGCACUGCAAGGGCGGCAUCGCGCGCGCGUCCACGAUGGCGCUCGCGCACUACAUCAUCAACGAGGGCCGGGAGGCCCACGCCGCCGUCGAGGUCCUCAAGUCGAAGCGCGACGUCGUG